AUAUAAAUGGGGGGCACAUUCGAAUAAUUAGAAAGGGAAUAUGCUUUCCACGCCAACUGUUGUUCAACGCUCUCACCCUUUGGCGGUUUAUUGUUCGUAUGAAGUGUUCUUCUCGCAUGUGGAUUUGACCUUUAUUGCGUUUCUUGAUCUGGGCUGCCGAUGAAAUUUCAUCUUCUUUGAGGGAAAUUGAAUUCUUGAUCGAAUCGGUAAAAGGGGUUUUUGGGGAUAAUGGAUUUUUGUAUUGUCUGAAUUGAUUUUCAAGAUUCGAUUUUUAUUCAAUUCUUGAAAAGAUGCAAGCUGUGGGGAGAUUGGGUAGCUACAUAAGUAGAAGUGUGUAUACCGUCUCCGGCCCCUUUCACCCGUUUGGCGGUGCUGUCGAUAUAAUCAUAGUCGAACAACCCGACGGAAGCUACAAGUCGUCUCCUUGGUACGUUCGGUUCGGGAAAUUUCAAGGGGUUUUGAAGACGAGAGAGAAAGUCGUUAGCAUUAGCGUCAAUGGAGUCGAUACCGAUUUUAAUAUGUACUUGGAUCAUAAAGGGGAAGCUUUCUUCUUGAAGGAGGUCGAAGUCGAGGGGUUGGAUUCCGUGUGUUCGCCUCCGUCGUCUUCCGGUGAGGACACGGAGAAGCAAUUGAAAGAUAUGCCGUCGCUGAAGUCGAAGAGUUGUAAUGCCGAUUCUAAUUGGUCGGAUUCGGUUGGAAGUGAGACAAAGGCUGUGACGAAAACUAAUUCGCGAAGGUCGCAGAUUUUUGGGCUUGUGUUCGGGAGGAGGUCGAACAAAGAGGAAGGGAGUAUUAAUCGAGGGGAAGAAAAUGUUAGGUCACAGUCGAUGGAGCGUGCUGAGAUGGCGGCUGAUUUGAUGGAUUUGAAGUGGUCGACUAAUCUUGCUUCUUCCCCAAGAGAAAAUAAAGACAAUGGCGUUGAGAUCGAGUACUUGGCUUCGGCGGAGUACGUCGUCGAAACAGCCACUUCAAUCGAAAGGGUUAUUAGAGAAGAAGAUGUUACUAUUUCUUCGAAUUCGGAAACGGGGAUUAGUGAUGAAAUUGGGUUGACUAUCUCUGAGGUGGCGAAAUCCGAUUUGAAAAGUCAAGAAAGCUCGGGAAUUGGGUCGGACGGACCACCGAUUGAAGAAAAAAACGAAUCUUUUUCUCAUGGAGGAUGUGAGGAAGUUCGUGUCUGUACUGAAACUGUUGACAAUACGACUCGGUUAAUAUAUUUGGUGGAGUCCGAAACCAUUUCAGCAGAAGAAGACGAGGUGAAGGAGCCUCUGUGUGGGCCCCACAUCUCGAUCUCCGAAUUCGGUCCGCAAGAGUUGAUAAUCUCAAAGGAAGAGCAACUAUUCUUCGGUGAAGAGAAAGAAGCCGAUUGCCCUGUUUUCUCGUUGGAUCAGUCUGUUAUAAACGAUUAUUUAGAUGAAAGUAAUCUGCAUAGGGUGAGGUUGAGAUCUGUAUCGAGCGAUGCGUGUAUUAACGAAAACGGGGAUUUCGUUCACACGAGGGAACUCACUAGAACCGGGAGAUCUUUGCCUAGUAUGGCCCAUCUUGGCGAUAAUCUUGAAACGGGGGAUUUUGUCGAUUCUUUAGAUUCUUCACUUUAUCUAGGUGUCGAUUCCGAUGUUAAAAUGAUAGUGAAGAGUGACGAGGAAGUUGCUAAACCGUCGGACAAUGGGAAUUCUCCUCGAUCCAUAAUAGAUCCUAGUGCCAUAGAGAUUCUAAAUAAGUCCGGUAAUUUGGAGGGGGCGAAAAAUUCGACCAAAUCGGACGUGAAAAAGAAGAUAGUGAAGACACUUACUCCGACAUCCGAACAGCUGGCAUCCUUAAAUUUAAAAGAAGGGAAGAAUAUAGUUAUAUUCACCUUCUCUACCCCAAUGCUCGGCAAACAACAGGUUGAUGCGCGGAUUUUUCUGUGGAGAUGGGAUACUCGAGUGGUGAUCUCUGAUGUUGAUGGGACAAUUACUCGGUCUGAUCUUCUAGGCCAGGUCAUGCCUUUGGUCGGUAUGGAUUGGUCCCACACAGGCGUUGCACAUCUUUUCUCUGCAAUUAAGGAGAAUGGAUACGAGUUACUUUUUCUAAGUGCGCGUUCGAUUUCUCAGUCCUUUCUUACCCGACAGUUCCUCUUUAAUAUCAAACAGGACGGAAAAGCCUUACCGGAAGGACCUGUCGUUAUCUCCCCCGACGGACUUUUUCCUUCUCUGUUUCGCGAAGUUGUUAGAAGAGCUCCCCACGAGUUCAAAAUUGCUUGCUUGGCGGAUAUAAAGGCAUUGUUUCCUGCUGAUACAAAUCCAUUCUAUGCUGGUUUUGGAAACCGAGACACCGAUGAGUUUAGUUAUCUUAAGGUUGGAAUCCCGAGAGGAAAAAUAUUUAUCAUAAAUCCAAAGGGGGAGAUUGCAGUAAAUCGCCGUGUGGACACCCAAUCAUACGUGUCUCUUCACGAUCUUGUACAUGACAUGUUUCCCAUUAUGUCCUCUACUUCUGACGAACAGGAGGAUUUUAAUUCAUGGAAUUUCUGGAAACUUCCAACACCAGUUAUUGACUUUUGAAGGUUGUAGUAAUUCGAAGUGGACGUAGGUAAGUAGGCGGUUUUCUUCAAGAACCGAAGUGUAAAGGACAGUGAUGAAACGGAGAAAUUCAUCCUCAAACACGAAACACAUGAUUAUUAUCGAAUUUCAAUAGUCGUUGAAUGGCUCUCGCAGCCGCCUUUGUACACAAUUUAUUACCACAAAAAAAAGUUGGUUUCGAUUUCCUUUGGUUUUCUUGAUGCUGGAAUUUUAUUGGCAAAGAGAGUGGGGAUUUUGGAUUGAUAUAUUCUUUGGUAUAAUAAUGUAAACAUAGAAUUUUUGUAAAUUGUAAAUUGUAGAACACAAUUAUGGUCUAUAGAUAUAUUAGUGGUUCCACAAUAUGGUGUAAAUGUUUAUUUGGGGAUUCCAGUGGACUGAUUUUUUUUUUUUAA